GAAUGAAGUACAAGUAUCCAAAUACUUGUUGGCAUGUUGCUCAAAAGUAAGAUAUUUGAAGUGAGAAAAAAAGCUACUAGCAGUAAUCUAACUGGUAACCUUAUCUCCUAGUUGAUCAAAGAGAGCCUGUUUUCAUUUCUUAUGGCUUCAAGUACUGAAACUCUUCCAUCUAAAAUGAAAGCUUGGACUUAUUCUGAAUAUGGAAAAUCAUCUGAUGUUCUGAAACUAGACUCAGAUGUUGUUGUACCCCCACUGAAUGAUAACCAGGUUCUGGUCAAAGUUGUAGCAGCUGGGAUUAAUCCAGUUGAUUUCAAGAGAAUGCUUGGCAUGUUCAAAGAAAUUGAUUCUCCUUUACCUAUUAUUCCAGGUUAUGAUGUUGCUGGUGUGGUGGUGAAAGUGGGAAGCCAAGUAAAGAAAUUCAAGGAAGGGGAUGAAGUAUAUGGAGACAUUAAUGAGAAGGCCUUGGAUCACCCAAAACAACUUGGAACCAUAGCUGAAUACACUGCUGUUGAAGAGAAGCUGUUGGCUUUCAAACCGAAAAAUCUCAGUUUUAUUGAAGCUGCAGGGCUGCCCUUAGCCAUUGAGACUGCCCAUGAAGGCCUUGAACGAUGCGAGUUUUCUGCUGGCAAAUCAAUCCUUGUCCUGGGAGGUGCUGGUGGGGUUGGCACCAUGAUUAUUCAGCUAGCUAAGCAUGUCUACGGGGCAUCCAAAAUAGCAGCUACCUCAAGUACAGGAAAACUGGAUUUGCUGAAGAGCUUGGGUGCUGAUUUGCCUAUUGAUUACACAAAGGAAAACUUUGAAGAUCUGCCAGAGAAAUUCGAUGUCGUUUAUGAUGCAGUUGGACAAUGUGAUAGGGCAGUGAAGGCAGUGAAAGAAGGCGGGCGUGUUGUCACAAUAAUUGGUGGUGUGGUUCCACCAGCUUUUGUAUUCAUUCUCACUUCAAAUGGGGCUGUUUUGGAGAAACUGAAUCCAUUCUUGGAGAGUGGGAAGGUUAAGCCAAUAAUUGAUCCCAAAGGCAUAUUUUCGUUUUCUCAAACCCGGGAAGCCUUUGCAUAUCUUGAAACUGGCAGGGUUACUGGAAAAGUAGUCAUUUCUACAAUCCCAUGAGAUAAUAAAUCAACGUAUCAUCUUUAGUCUCCCUGUCUUAUUUCCUGUUUGUGUUGUCGUGGGUUAUGAUACUGUAUUGUAUAAGAGUUUAUUAGGAGGUUGUGCUGUUGGAUGAUAAGAAAUAAAGAUUUCAGUUUUUGUGUGAGAUAUCAUCUAAUUGAAAUGUUUAAAACAAUAUCUAUUUAUUUGUUAUGAAUUAACAAGAA